AUGUCGAGAUAUCUCCGACAAUCGAGCCAGCUCGCGCGGCUAGCGAGACUCUCUCAACAGUCAAGUGUCCAGCGAAGCCUGCGACUGCCGGCGGUGUCGCGAUCGCUCCCGUCGCGGUCACUACCAGCUCCCUAUGGCAUUUCUGUGAGAUACUAUUCCUCGUCGAAACCGCCGCAGCCGGACGACGAAUCCAAGCCGAAAAGCGAGAACAAGCCUGAGACACCGAAGAAUCAGAAUGAAUCAGAAACAAAGCCUGGCGAGGAGAAGGGUGCUGAUUCCGCAAAACUCGCACCUCUGCCCGAAGGAUGGAUUCGAUUAUCAAAGGACGAAAUUGCUCAAUUGGACGCCUUCCAAAAGGUUUUGCCAGAGGCACAAAGAGCCACGCUGAAGGAUAUUCUUCGAGGCUUGCAGCAGACUGGCGCGCCUGCCGAGGUCCGUGAUUUGCUGGCCAAGAUGCGCAAGGGUCCUGGUAACUUGUCAAUAUUGGAUAAGGGGAGACUGAUGCGAUGUGUGUUUAUGAUGGCAGAGCGCCUGGCCGAAUGGGAGGUAGAGGAGCAGCGAAAAGGAAACCGAAUGUUUGAUCAAAACCAACGGCCAGACCAAGAUCAAAACGAGGCCGAGACGGGUAAGAGUGAGCCCGAAUUCGAGACACGGGAUAAGAAGUCGGGUGAGAGCGGAUCAAAUCAACAAGGACCCGGGGGUCCCAAAAAGCCUGAGCGAAAUGGCUGGAUGGAUGCGCUGCAGACUGGUUUGGUCUUGGGUAUUACCCUCUGGGCGGUCGACUCGCUCAGCAAGCCUUUCUCCGAGAAGGAAAUUACCUGGCAGGAGAUGCGGAGGGCUUUCUUGGACAAGGGCCUUGUGCAAAAGAUGGUUGUGGUUAAUGGUUCACAAGUUCGCGUUGAGCUACACCCAGAUGCUCCCCAAGGCGACGCUGGCGCCAAUGGCAAGAGAACAUACGUUUUCACCAUUGGCUCAGUGGAGUCGUUUGAGAAGAAGCUUGAAGAGGCUCAAGAUCAACUCGGUAUCCCAGCAUCAGAAAGAAUACCCGUUAGCUACGAGGCUGGCGGCAGCACAAUCGGCAAUCUUGUCCUAGCCUUUGGCCCUACACUCUUGUUCAUCGGUCUAAUUCUGUGGACUCAGCGGUCUAUGAGCGGCCGAGCUGGAGGCGGCGGCAUGUUUAACUUUGGCAAGAGCAAGGCCAAAAAGUUCAACGCAGAGAGCGCUGUAAAGGUCAAAUUUGCCGAUGUAGCGGGUCUUGAAGAAGCCAAGACGGAAAUCAUGGAGUUUGUCAGCUUCCUCAAGCAGCCCGAGAAGUUUGAGAAGCUUGGUGCCAAGAUCCCCCGAGGUGCUAUUCUUGCUGGACCACCCGGUACCGGUAAGACCCUUCUUGCCAAGGCGACUGCUGGUGAAUCUGGCGUUCCCUUCUUCAGCGUGAGCGGUUCCGAAUUUGUCGAAAUGUUUGUCGGUGUUGGUCCUUCACGAGUACGAGACUUGUUUGCCGAGGGUCGCAAGAAUGCGCCUUGCAUCAUCUUCAUUGACGAAAUCGACGCCAUUGGCCGCGCAAGAAUGGAAAGCGGACGUGGAUUUGGUGGCAAUGACGAACGAGAAGCUACUCUCAAUCAGAUUCUGACGGAAAUGGACGGCUUUAACACUCGCGAACAAGUCGUGGUCUUGGCUGGUACUAAUCGCGCAGACAUCUUGGACAAGGCUCUCAUGCGACCUGGACGAUUUGACAGACACAUCUUUAUUGACCGGCCGACCAUGAACGGGCGCAAAGAAAUCUUCAAGGUAUAUCUCAAGAAGAUUGUCACGAAUGAGGACCAAGAGUUCCUCGUUGGCAGACUCGCUACACUUACUCCUGGCUUCUCUGGUGCCGACAUUUCCAAUGUCGUCAACGAGGCAGCACUGAUCGCUGCCCGAGGCAAUGCCGAAGAAGUCAAGAUGGAACACUUUGAGCGAGCUAUUGAGCGUGUCAUUGGCGGCUUGGAACGCAAGUCUCUUGUGCUGCGGCCCGAGGAGAAGAAGACGGUGGCUUAUCACGAGGCUGGCCAUGCCAUCUGCGGCUGGUUCCUUCGCCAUGCGGAUCCUCUCUUGAAGGUGUCCAUUAUUCCCCGUGGACAAGGCGCUCUCGGUUACGCACAGUACCUGCCCCAGGAUGCCUAUCUGAUGAACACAAACCAGCUGAUGGAUCGCAUGGCGAUGACAAUGGGUGGACGUGUAUCUGAGGAACUUCACUUCCCGACAGUGACAACUGGCGCAAGUGAUGAUUUCAAGAAGGUGUCACAGAUGGCGCGAAACAUGGUGACCCAAUGGGGCAUGUCGGACAAGGUUGGACCGGUGUUCUUCGAGAACGACCCGAAUCGCAUGCAGAAACCAUUUGCCGAAGCCACGGCUCAACAAAUCGACCAGGAGGUUCACCGAAUUGUCGACGAGGCCUAUCAACGGUGCAAAGACCUCUUACUGGAGAAGAAGCAUGAGGUUGGGCUCAUCGCUCAAGAGCUACUGAAGAAGGAGGUGCUGGUGCGAGACGACAUGGUGCGCAUCUUGGGCAAGAGACCGUUCGACGACAACAACGAGGAAUUUGAGAAGUACUUUGGAGGUGGCAAAGGCGAGAGCGCACCGCCGCCAUUCCCUACCGAAACCGACACACCACGGGACGAGCCUCCUGCUCCAGCGCCAGCUUUCAACCAGCAUCCCGAUGGAUCAAGAUGA